GUGUGAUGAACACUGCGGGUCGUUGUGUGACAACCUCGCGGGAAAAGCGGCCAAGCGGCGCUAUGAAGACUCGAGAGGGACAGUCAUACAGUACUUCUUGCGGAUGGUGUCACGGCGGGUUGCUCGUCUCCCCACCCACCGUCACUUCAUUCACCCCCCAUCGGCAACGGGAUAAAAGUAGGGCUGCAUCUACCCUCACCCGCCAACCGUCCUGCACUCAACCCCCAACAACGCACCUGCAAGAUGACACCCGUCACGAAAAUGCCCCACCCCCCCAUCGCCUCCUUCCCCCGCACCCUGUGGAUCUACUACCUGGUCGCCCUCGCCGAACACCCCAUCCUCACCAAAUCCGGCACCGCCGCAACCCUCAACGCCCUCCAAGAGCUCGCCGCCUCCUCCAUCUCCCCCAGCCCCUCCGCCAACACCACCCAUGAUCGCGCCCUCGCAUACCGCAAAGCAGCCGCCAUGGCCGCGUACGGAGGCCUCGUCGCGGGCCCCCUCGGCCACGUCCUGUACAAAUGGAUGGAGAAGGUGUUUCAUAACCGCACGGGGACGGGAGCGGCGGUGGGGAAGUUGUUGUUUGGGAAUCUGGUGAUUGCCCCGAUUCAGAGCGCGGUCUAUUUGGCGGCCAUGGCUGGGAUUGCGGGCGCGGGGGUUAGGGGCGUUGUGGGGACGGUUAGGGGGAGGUUGGUUAGUGUUUUGAAGUUGACUUGGAUCGUCUUCCCAGCCGUCCAAAUCUUCGCCCUCAAAUACGUCCGACAAGAGCUGUGGAUGCCCUUCUUCAAUCUCGUUGGCUUCGUGUUCGGCACCUACAUCAACGUCACCACCAAGCUUGCGGCGAGGAGGAAGGCGCUCAAGAAGGAGUAGAGUGAGGGUGAACUGCAGGGUCGAGGUAGAUUUGUAGGGAUGUGUAUGUAGGGAUCGGUAGCUGCUUCUGGGGAAAUCGGAAAAAUUCGAGGAUGCCGGUGGAUGGACAUGGUAGCAAUCUAUCAAUCGAUCGCACUGUCAAUCAAUCUCUGUUCUAUUUCGGAUCCUGUUUCUGUUCCCUCCCAAGAUCAUCCCAUAAAUACAGUACAUUACCCUCAGCAAAGCGAAACCAACCCACUCCCCGUCUACCCCAAAAGUCUACGGAAAAAGCUCCCAGCUACAGCUACAAAACAAAAUCACCCCAUCACUGCACCC